AUGAUGACCGCGCCAACCCCCUCGACGAGCGGAGCAGCUGAGGCCGACGCAACUGCCCCGGCGCCUCCAACAGAGCCCGCGCCCAAGAAAAAGGGUCGCACCAACACUCCAUGGACUGCCGAGGAGGAGCAGCGAUUGAAGACCAUGCGUGAUGCGGGCCGUAGCUGGAGCGAAAUUGCCAAGACUUUCCCCACACGAACGGAAGGCAGUGUGAAGAAGCAUUGGUACAAGGAUAUGCAUUACGCUGAGUUUGCCGAGGAUGAGUCUGUCAAACUGCGUGACGCGAUCAAGGAGUACGAUGCGAACAAGUGGAAGGUGAUCGGUCAGAAAGUCGGCAAGCCCGCCAAGGUAGGCCAGAUCCCCACGGCUCCGAGACCUGUAAUCAGUACUAUGCUAACGGUGAUCUUCUUUACCUCCGUUUAG